UACUCCGCGGCAACACCGGCGCCGCAACCCUCGGACACGAUCAGUCGCGUUUCGAACCGCACACGUACACGACGCUCGCUCCCAAGCUCACCCAUACUCACGUCCAAGCUUCACAUCCACACGUUUCAUCGUAUCACAAUAACAAUUUUGUAUUUUCCUGUCAUUCGUUCUAAGUACCACUGUACCAGACUAGUAUACCUGUCUCCGUACCAGCAAGCACCGACGCCGACGGCUUCAGCUCGCUCCACUCCACUGCUGCUGCAGUAGAAUUUCCACGCCCGCGGAUCGACUACACCUCCGACGAAUAACACCGUUAUCGCCGUACUGCGCGAUUGUUUUUCUUUGAAGGUUUUAUCACAAAAGGCUCUACGAUGAUGAGCCUUGGCGAAGAACUGAAAUCCAGCAUGCCGUCCUUCAUGCAAUUCUGCUCCAGAGUCGACGUAGGCAACGUACAGGAAGACUGGUGGACCGCCGGAUCCGACGCAGAAGCGUUCGCUCACAACAACAAGGAAGAAUGGCUAUCGGACUCGGACAGUCAAAACACGAUUAUUUGCAGCACGACCAGCUCGUCGCCCGGACCCUCGUUGGCGUCCACGUCCACUGGCGGUGGCCAGAAGGCCGGUUCGUCCAAAGUCAAGCAGGGCAGUCGGUCCAAAGACACGCCGGCCGGACAGAAACCCGCCCAGGUGGUGGCCAGACGGAACGCCCGCGAGAGACGCCGAGUGCAGGCGGUCAACUGGGCGUUCGCCAGGCUGCGAAAAGUCGUUCCUCUCGAAGAAAACAAGAGUAAGAGAAUGAGCAAAGUCAAGACCUUACAAAUGGCCAUCGAAUACAUUAACCAACUGCAAGGUGUCCUGUCUUUGCAGAGCCCUGUGCUGCAGCAGCAGCAACAGCAGCAGCAGCAACAGCAACAGCAGCAGCACAAUAUCCACCCCGAACCCGAACAACAUCAUCAAUUGCUGACGACGGCCGACAUCAAUCUGUUCUCCGACAUUCAGUACAAGCUCGAACCCGGCGAGCUCCAAUUCCGCAUGCCUCCCAAUUUCUACACACAACUAUUGACUGACAAUCAAAAUUGACAUCGAAAAUCUUCGUGCGAAAAAUGUUCAUUCAUCGUGUAUUAUUAUUAUUAUAAUUAUUAUAGUUAAAAACAAUAAUUGUCUACGGGAUAAAAUCAAUCGAGAGCCCGUUUGUUUCUUUUAUUAUUAUUAUAUUAUUAUUAUUAUUAUUAACAAUAUCAUUAUUAUUAUGAUUAUUAUUAUUAUUAUUAGUAGUAGUAGUAAAUGAUAUUUUGUUUUUGUCACGGUAAAUUUUCUUCUAAACAUGUUAUUGCCACUUUAAAGCAGAUUAUUAUUAUUAUUAUUAUUAAGGUGGACAAAUACUGUAAUGAUUACGAAUUGUUUUAUUCGAAUUUCAACAUUCAUUUUUUUUUUUAUAUAACUUCAUAAUAUUUAUUAUGUUUUUGUUAACUUUUGUUAUAGUGCAUUUAAAGUCUAGUCAUUACGCUAUUAAGUUGAUUACGAUUAGGUACACUUUUUUCUCCUUUUGUUUCAUCAUCAUCUCUAAAUAAUAUACAUAAUUAUAUGACGUGUAUUAUCUAAAUCGUACCGUAUGCAUAUUGCUAAAUUUUAGAUUCAUUAUUUUACUAUUUUGGUAAUUUUUUUUAUAUCAUUGAAAUUUUAAUUAUUUUUUGUACCCAUUAUGCUUAGCAAAUAUUUUUUUAAGGUAUUUUUAUAACGAAUUUUUUACUUUUCUAAAAUAUUGUUACCUACCUAAGUAAAUAUAUAUUAGGCUAUGACUAUCGACUUUUUGAAAUUGCUCAUUUUAAAACCACCACGUAUACAGGGAUAAAAGUUUAAAUGUUUUUAAACGAUUUGUUAAAUUAUAUGUAAAUUAUGAUGCUCCUGUCUGUACAAAGGCAUAUUGUAUUAUUUUUAAGUGCCUUAUUUCCAUUUUAGUGUUAAGUUUAAAGUGUAAAUUAUUUUUACUAUAAAAAAUAUAAUUUUUUUGUACAUAUA